AUGGCGUCGGAUAAAGUCUUUCAUUCCCGCUCUCAAGGUAUUCCCUCUGAGGGAGUAAAAGAUCAGUAUGCUGAUGGUAAGGCUGCGAGGAUAUGGAAGAAGUACAUUGGUGAUAGCAACAAACGGACACAGAAUUAUAGGACCUUUUUGAGUGGAAUUCUCAAAAAACAUGGCUGUGUUAAAGUCCUCGACGUAGCAUGUGGUACAGGUAUAGACUCUAUGAUGCUCGUCGACGAAGGCUUUGAAGUGGUGUCUGUGGACGCGUCCGACAAAAUGUUAAAACACGCACUUAAGGCUCGAUGGGAGAAACGGCGUGAUCGGAAAUAUGAUGAGUGGAUAAUUGAAGAGGCCAGUUGGGAAACUCUUCCACAAGACAUCGAAUCAUUUCUGCCCGGCGCUAAGUUUGAUGCUCUUAUCUGUCUUGGAAACUCCUUUGCCCAUCUCCUAGAUGAAUACGAUGAUCAAAGAACACAAAAAAUGUGUUUAGAAAAUUUCGCAAAAGUCCUAAAACCUGGAGGGUUGUUGAUAAUAGACCAUCGAAAUUACGAUGCGAUGAUCGAUAAGGGCUCUACGCCAGGACAUUCAAUUUAUUAUAAUAGUUCCUACCCAGUAGAUAUCAAGACAUCGGUGUUAGUCGUUCGCGGAAAACCGGAACUAGUUGCGUUAGAUUAUUGCAUUUGCCCUACAGAGGAUGGGGAUAUUGCUGAGAAGAGUGAAUUCCGUCUCUGCUACUACCCUCACAAACUAGAUAAAUUCACAGAAAUGUUAGAUGAUGCUUUCUCAAACAAAGCUCAACACAGUAUAUAUGCUGACUUUAAACCGCUUAAUCAAGUACCGGAGCCAGCUUACUACAUCCAUGUCAUGCAAAAGGAAUGA